CAUAAACGGGUCGUCAGUAAAUCCUCCUUUCAUUGCUAUUACCACCAUGUCUUCCAAUCAGCUUAAACAGUUCACGAGAGAAGAAGUAGCAAAGCACAAUAAGCCCGACGACCUGUGGGUUAUAAUAGAUUCCACUGUUUACAACCUUUCGCGGUUCAAAGAUCUCCACCCCGGAGGAAUUGCAGCCUUGGUCGAUCCAGAAAUUGCCGGUCAAGAUGCUACAGAAACCUUCUACGGACUGCAUAGAACGGAGGUCCUCGAAAAACCUCAAUACAAGCGUCUCAUCGUCGGCAAAAUUGUGGGAGAAGAGUGUGUUUUCAGUGCUCCUGUACCAGGAGAGCUCAGCAAAGUCCCAUACGCCGAGCCUACGUGGCUUACAGACGGCUACUACAGCCCAUACUACACAGAUAAUCACCGCCAAUUCCGCAAGGCGGUGCGAGAGUUCGUCGACGAAUACCUUUAUCCUGAUGCGCAGGCGAGAGAGGAAGACGGGAAAAGACCCGAUCAGAAAGUUAUCGACAAGAUGGCUGAAUACGAGCUUCAUGCCAUGCGGUUGGGUCCUGGAAAACAUUUACAAGGACGCACGCUCAUGAAGGGGCUUGUCAAACCAGAACAAUUCGACUAUUUCCAUGAGAUGAUCAUCACGCAAGAGCUCACUCGUUUCGGAGCUCGUGGGUAUGGCGACGGUUUACUGGGUGGCAAAGUCAUUGGUCUCCCACCGGUUCUGAACUUCGGUAGUGAAGAGCUCAAGGCUAAGGUUGUGCCCGACGUACUGUCCGGGAAAAAGUUCAUAUGCUUGGCCAUAUCGGAAGCCUACGCAGGCAGUGAUGUUAUGGGUUUGCAAACGACCGCCGUGAAGAGUGAGGAUGGCAAGGAGUGGAUCAUCAACGGCUCCAAGAAGUGGAUCACCAACGGCACAUUCGCUGAUUAUUUCACUGUUGGAUGCAAGACCGAAGACGGUUUCACAGUCAUUCUCGUGGAGAGAGGAGAAGGUGUUGAGACGAAACAAAUCAAGACCAGCUAUUCGGCCACCGCCGGUACUGCCUUCAUCACUUUUGACAACGUCCGAGUCCCAGUUGGCAACACACUCGGUGAGGAAGGUGGUGGAAUCUUCGUCAUCCUCAGCAACUUCAACCACGAACGAUGGGUUAUGUGCUCUGCGUCUGCUCGAAGCCAAAGAUCCAUAAUUGAGGAGUGCUUGAAAUGGGCUUCUCAGCGGAAGGCUUUCGGAAAGCCCCUGACAUCGCAAGCCGUUAUUCGUGCUAAGCUGGCGGCAAUGAUUGCUCGGGCAGAGAGUGUUCAGAACUGGCUCGAAAAUGUUACCUACCAGAUGUGCAAUAUGUCGUACAAGCAACAAGCCAGCAAGCUCGCUGGGCAAAUCGCGUUUCUGAAGAGCUAUUCAACUGCUUGCGGCCAAGAAACCGCGCGAGAUGCCGUACAAAUAUUCGGUGGAAGGGGUAUUACUAAGACGGGAAUGGGAAGGUUUAUUGAGCACUAUCACCGUACAAUCCCCUUCGAUGCACUUCUCGGCGGUGCAGAGGACGUGUUGAGCGACCUUGGUGUGAGACAAGCAUUGCGAGCCAUGCCCAAGAAUGCUAGAUUGUGAUCUUUGGUGUCCGUGUAUUGUCUAGUUUGUUUCAUUGCAUCGCAUACAACCUUGUAGAAGUCUUCAGGAUAAAGUAUCCACUAUU